UCAGGGUCUGGGGCCUUGGUGGCCGGGUGAAUGAGUGGAGGCUGGAGUUUUCUCGGACUCUGAAGCCCACUGCCCCGUUAGACCCUGCAUGUGUGGCGGGGACACAUGUCACCCCACAGCUCUCUUUGCGUGACCUCCCGACCACUCAUUCCUGCCUAACCCUAGUAUUCCUUCCUUAGCCUCAAGGUCCCAGUGCCACCCUCUCCCCACGACCCCUUUAGUCAGGCAUGCGACCGCCACACGUCCCACUUUGUGUGAUAGACCACUCGCAUCUCUCUCUCCUCCCUCAGUUGCCUUUUCAGAGGUCACCUCCCCCGUAGAGCCUUUGUGCGGGGAUGAGGAGGAGUGUCUUGGAUCGAGAACAGGUCCCUGUAACCCACUGAGCGCCCCUUCAUUCCGUCUCUCUCCGCCCUUUGUAGAGGGUCACCAUGAAGUUCAAUCCCUUCGUGACGUCGGACCGCAGCAAAAACCGGAAACGUCACUUCAAUGCCCCCUCACACGUGCGCAGGAAGAUCAUGUCAUCCCCGCUCUCCAAGGAGCUGCGGCAGAAGUACAGUGUCCGCUCCAUGCCCAUCCGCAAGGACGACGAGGUCCAGGUAGUUCGAGGACACUACAAAGGUCAGCAAAUUGGCAAGGUAGUCCAGGUGUACAGAAAGAAAUAUGUCAUCUACAUCGAGCGGGUGCAGCGUGAGAAGGCCAACGGCACAACCGUCCAUGUGGGCAUUCACCCAUGCAAGGUGGUUAUCACCAGGCUAAAACUGGACAAGGAUCGGAAAAAAAUUCUUGAACACAAAGCCAAGUCUCGACAAGUCGGAAAAGAGAAAGGCAAAUAUAAGGAAGAACUUAUUGAGAAAAUGCAGGAAUAAAUAGAACCUGUUGUGCAACCACAGUUUAACCGGAGAUUUUGAGGCUAGUCCUUUCACUGGAGUCUGAUAAGAGACUGGACAUUUAUGUGGAACAGACAAGAACCUAUGUGUUUGCAGCCAGUAGCGCUACUUAGUGAGAAAAGCAUUAUCACCAGCCAUCGAGGUCUAAUCCUAGCUCUGCCACUGGGCAGUCAUCAGCCAUUGAGCAAAUUACUCAUCUCUGGACUUCCAAAUGGAUGAUGAUACCUGCUCUGCCUUCCUAUCGCAUCGAAAAUGCAAAGAUAAAAUGGCAAGAUCAGAUGGGCCGUUUUUGAGUACUCCUUGAAAGCU